AUGGCAGCAAAUAUUCCUGGUAGUUGUAUUAAAUGUGGUAAAACUGGUGGAGUGCUUUUUUGUAAUGGUUGUCAAAAAACCUUAUGUUUUAAACAUGUUAAUGAACAUCGAAAUGAAUUAGAAAAACAAUUAGAAGAUUUAAUUAGUGAAGAAAAUGAAUUUGAAAAUGAUCUUGGAAAAGUAGAUGAUUCACAUUAUCUAUUUAAUGAUAUUGAUAAAUGGAAAAAAGAAAGUAUUGAACAAAUUAAAGAGAUAGCUAAACAAACGAAACAAGAUCUUAGACAAUUAAUUAAUAAAUCAAAUGAAAAAUUAUUAAAAACUUGUGAAAAACUUAAAGAAAAUAUUCGUUUAUUAAAAGAAUCAGAAGAUUUAUCAGAAAUUCAAUUAAAUAAAUUAUUAAAUGAAUUAAAUAAUUUAAAAGAAAAACUAAAUAUAUAUCAAUUAAUAAAAUCAUCAAAUUCAAUUUUUUUAAAAAUUGAAACAAAAGAAAUAAAUGAAAUUUCAUUAUUAAGUGAUUAUUUAAAUAUCAAGAUUAUUUAUCGUGUAUUUCAAGUUAAUGAAAUUAAAACACAAGAAAGAUCAAUGGA